UAAGAAGCACAUUUGCAACACCACAAUGAUGAACAUUUCCAAAACUGGCUGGGUUGAAAUUGAUAUUAAACGCGCAAUCUACAUUUGGGAGAGCGUUGAACGCCAGCAGCAGCAAAACCGUCAGCAACCCAUCCAAAUUGGGUGGCUAAUGAUCGAAGUUCAUGACGAAGAGGAGAAUCCUCUCAAGCCGGGACUCUUUUUCAAUCCACCUAAAUGUGACCAGGCAGGUAAUCAACAUUCUCAAUUCCAAGGCUAAUUGGGACUAAUCUUUUUCAAAUAACUUCCCUGUAAUAUUGGGCAAAAUGCCAUUGAACAAUGUGAAUAGCUUAAACAUUCUACGCACUCACUAUGGAACAUAUAAACAAUAAGUAAGAAUAAAUCUACAGUAAAAACCAUCAAACAGCAAAAUUCCGGUGAAAUGUAAUCUGUUCUCUCUCAAGAGAAAAAUAUCCACAAUAGUAUGCUGUCAGAAAAUUUGCAGAAACUUGCAAGUUAGAUGAAGAGCUAAUAGAAUUUUUGUUUACACUCAAAAGUGUAAAUUUAAAACGUAACAAACCUGAUCCUAAAGUGUUAUCCUGACACAGU